CUCCUCUGACGUCCCCAGCAGGAUUUGCAUGAGUUGCGCUGCUGCGAAAGGCUGCAGCUCAGUCGUCUGGAAAGGCGAAGUGAGUGGCGAGAAAGAGUCGUCUGUCUGCUGGACGCAAAGCCCCGGUUCCCCUCCUCCGGAUCGCGAACCAGCCCUUCCCCCGAGAACAAUUCUACAAAAAUGGAGCUGCCGGCGGUGGGGGAGCAUGUCUUCGCGGUGGAAAGCAUCGAAAAGCAGCGAAUGCGGAAGGGCCGGGCGGAAUAUCUCGUCAAAUGGAGGGGAUGGUCUUCCAAAUAUAACACGUGGGAGCCGGAGGAAAAUAUCCUGGAUCCCAGGCUGCUAAUCGCUUUUCAAAACAGGGAGAGGCAAGAGCAACUUAUGGGAUACCGCAAGCGAGGACCAAAACCAAAGCCACUGGUAGUUCAGUUGCCAUCUUUUGCACGUCGCUCUAAUAUCCUCAGUGGUCUGCAGGACCCAGCCGUGGAGAACAGGCCCAAGCUGGAUCUCAGCAGCUCAGGCAAAAGUCAGCAGCAUCAGUACGAACUCAACAGCAAGAAGCACCAUCAGUAUCAGCCCAACAGUAAGGAAAGCAGCAUCAAACACCAGUCGCACAGCAAAGGGAAAUACUACUAUCAGCUGAACAGCAAAAAGCACCACCACUAUCAGCCGGAUCCCAAGAUGUAUGAGCCUCACUACCAGCCUAACAACAAGGAGCCACAGCAAGGACAGGCCUGCUUGGAGCACAGCAAAAGCCCGUUAAUGUCCCAAUCAGACAAGUGGUCCCAUGGGUCCACAAAGAGUUUGCUGAAUCCUAUCAAGAGUUUGCCUGGGGUUGAAGGAAAGAACGGGGCAGAGAAGAACCUCUCCAGUGGUACAGGGCCACCAACACCAUCUCCCCGGGAGGGCGUGACCAGCAAUGGCAUUGGUGGCAAAAUGAAAAUUGUGAAGAACAAAAAUAAGAAUGGACGCAUUGUGAUUGUCAUGAGCAAGUACAUGGAGAAUGGCAUGCAGGCAGUAAAGAUUAAGUCUGGAGAGCCCCCAAAGAAGCGGGUGGCUGAGGAGAGGACUACUAAGAGAGGGUCAGAGGAGAGGCAGGAGUCCUGGAAGAAGCCCGGGGAGGAGAGGUGGCUGAAUAGUGCUCUUAGAGGGAAAGCUGGCACAGAGGUCAGUCAGCUUCCUUCUGAGAUAGGAAGCAGCCCUUCCAAGACAGGGGCCUCCAACCAAGAACUGCCUGUUCCUGAGCAGCAGCCUCUGCAACUGACUACCAAGCCCAACCUGGUUGCCUGGACCCUGGAUCCCAGGCAGCAGGAGCAGACUUCCCCUAACCCAGGACUGAGCCUUUCACCCAGUUAUGGUGGCUCCCGGAAACGCUGCCUUUCUGAGCCCCAUGGAGACAAGGAGAGUGGCAAGAAGCGCCUCACUUCCCGGAGCAUCAGUGCCCCCACCUGCCUGAACUCUCCUGCCCCAGAAAAACUCGAGUCCCCGGCCUUUCCCGCCUCUCAGCCUGAGGUCAUCCUGUUGGACUCUGACUUAGAUGAGCCCAUAGACUUGCGUUGCGUCAAGACUCGGGGGGACAGAGAGCUUGGCUUAGUGCAGGUGAAGCCGGAGAUUGUGCCGGUGUCACCAGAACAGUCAGGGCCAGAGCUGGAAAAGCAGGUGGAGCACUUUGAAGUGGAGGAGGAAGAGGAGCCCGUGCAAGAGUUCAAGCCUUUUUUUGGGAAUAUAAUAAUUACGGAUGUGACUGCAAACUGCCUGACAGUGACCUUUAAGGAAUAUGUGACAGUGUGAGGAGCUUAGGGGCAAGCUCUUCCCCCUGUCUCUCUCCCUAGGCAGCCUGGCUCCUCCUCUAAGAUACCGCUCUACCCGGAGAAACUCUUUGGCACUGCAGAGCAGCAGCAAAGAGCAGGUCCUCUUGAGAUCAAACACACUUCGCUGCCUGGAAGAAGGGAGCGUCGGGUACAAGGCUUCCCCUUGGCCUUCAGAACUUCCUGCAAGGCGUUCUUGGCCUGCCAGAAUCUUGGGCAUCAGGAUGCAUCAAGGGGUGCCGGCUCCCCAGUUAACUCACGGGAGAAGAGUUCUAUAGUAUUAUAUUUUAACAGUGCUAACUUGUUCAGUGGUUCAUGCUCCCGUUUGUAUGUGGUGUUGCUAAAAAAUGUAUUGUUUGAACUGAAGGCAGGCCUCCCCAGGUGGGUCAUGCAAUUAUAUUUAUUUGUAGGUAUUUAUAUAAUGAAAUAUAAAAAGCCUAGAUUUAUGGAGUUCCCUAGAUUGCCCUAUAUAUAUAUAUAAUUAUAUUAAAUACAUAUAUAUUAUAUAUAUAUAAAAAGUUAUAUCAGAAUAUUUUCUUUCCUUCCCUUUUUAAAAGCCACUUCUCUUUUUGAUUUCCUUGCUCCUUGUUUUUGUACAACUGCAGGACCAUCAUUCGUAUAUAUAUACACACACACACAGACACACACACAGAGUUGGUGUGGGUGUGUGUAUGUAUAUAUAUGUGUGUGUGUGUAUAUAUGUGUGUGUAUGUAUGUAUGUAUGUAUAUAUAUAUACACAUAUACAUAUAUAUACAUAUACAUACAUACAUACAUACACACAUUUUUCUAUCUCAGUGUGCAACCCCCCCCCAAUAAUCUAAAGCUAUUAUAGAAAUUGCUGCUACUAGAUAUGUCUAAACUAUACGCUUCCAAUUAUUAUGAAUUGCUUGAAUGUAAAUAUUAAAUGGUAAUAUGUGGAAAGUGCAUUUGAUGUUCUGCAGCUGGCCAAGGCCGGGAUGGCCAAGGCUAGCUGUGAAGCAGGAGGGCCUCAGCCCUGACAGGCACCUUGGUGCCUUCAGAAACCAGAGGGAGGAGGAAGGUAAACUCUGUGUCAUGCAGUCAUUACAAAGGUCUAUAAACCUUUCAAAAAAAAUGA